AGAGAAACAGCCAUUAACAGAGAGAGAGUGAGCUUCAACAGAGAGAAAGAAGAAGAACAGAGAGAGAAAAUUAACGCCGUUAACUUCACCGUUACUGUAUGAAAGCAAAGCUAUGGUGUCGGACCAGGAAAUAGCUAGAGGUGUUGAGAAUUUGCUCCGUCAAUCGGACCCUAACGCCGUUACAUCGUUAAACUGCGUCGUACAACAGCUCGGAGCAAAACUUGGACAAGACCUUUCACAUAAAGCGGAGUUUAUCAGUGAUCAGAUCAGUCUUCUCCGAUCACAGCCACCGCAGCUUAUUUCUCCUCCGUUGAUGGUUAAAGACCAUUUUACCCUCUUAAACCACCCACAAUUUGCUAACACUCAAGCUCAACAGCAGUUUUAUUCCCAUUUUGCCCUUCAACAGCAACAUCAUCAUCACCAGCACCAGCAACAGCAGCUCUAUUUUCAGCACCAUGUACCUCCACUGAUGUCUCCGCAGCAGCAGCACCGGCAACCGCAAGUGCAGAUACAAGCUCCGGCGCCGGUGGUGGCGAGAACCGCUGCUGCUCCAGCUCAACAUGCGUCGUCAAAUGUCCCUUCUGCCCCUAAUGAAAGUGCUACUUCUGGAACAAAAAGGAGAGGUGGACCAGGUGGUCUUAACAAAGUCUGUGGUGUUUCACCUGAACUUCAGGCUAUUGUUGGUCAACCCGCAAUGCCCAGGACAGAGAUUGUGAAGCAGCUGUGGGUGUACAUCAGGAAACACAACUUACAGGAUCCUGGUAAUAAGCGGAAGAUUAUCUGCAACGAUGCUCUGCGAGCACUCUUUGAAACAGACUGCACCGACAUGUUCAAGAUGAAUAAGCUGCUGGCUAAACAUAUCACAGCACUCGAUCCUUCAAAACAAGUUGAUCAAGCUAAAAGAUUGAAGGUUGAAGCUGAUUCCGUGGCUACUAAGGUUGAACAACCUGUCUCAUCCACUGUUACAAUAUCUGAUGCGCUCGCCAAAUUUUUUGAAAGUGAAGAAAAGGAGAUUCUCCAAACAGAUGCCGUGAAACGUAUUUGGGAUUAUAUAAAGCUUAACCAACUUGAGGAUCCUGUGAAUUCUACGAUGAUCGUGUGUGACCCAAAGCUUCAGGAACUCCUACAAUGUGAAAGCGUUUCUGCCACAGAAUUACCCGAGAUGCUGGCAGGUCGUCAUUUUGUUUAGCAAUGACUAUACGUCUAUAUAAUUAUGGUAUUUCAGGUCGUAGCUGCUUUAUUGUUCGAUGACACGAAGAUGUAUCUUGGUUUUUAGGUAAGUUCAGUUUAUUAACAUAGUUAGACAUCAUGAUAUGUAAUUAGAAAUCUGGAUUGAUCUGCUCCUGGCCUUAUGGCGACAAGUUGUUUUUGUAAUCAUGCCACGGCCUUGAUCUAGGUUCACUAGCCUCCUUUGUUCUUGUAAAAUCCUGGCGUUCUUGAUAUAUACGGAUAGUAGGAACAUUAACAGAUCCUUAGCUUGUUCGAACUCGUUGGAAUUAAGAUGUACAUGUCAGGUCUACAAUAUACAUUGGAGAGUAUAUUUCUCUUUCGUCGUUGAUAUAAAAUUCCUGUUUUCUUA